AUGGUUGGGCUGUCCAGGUGGGCCUCUUCAUUCCUUGUAGUCUUCAUCAUUCAUCUGCUGCAUUCGCAGCAAGCCUCGGCUGCCCGAAUCACUGGAAGUGAGACAGACGAAGCCGCGCAGGAGCACAAUGCAACGCUCACUGCUCAGAAGCAUUUGCCAGCGGGCGUUGAGACGGCAGGCGCCACGAGCCCGCCGUCGGCACAUUCGAAGCUCUUCCCUGCCUUGAAUUGGCGCCAGCAGCGCCUCCUGAUGCUCCUUGUUGCCCUCUCCAUGGUGGUCGUUGCAGUGGCAUGGCUUGUAGCAUCUGGCCUUCAGAUUUUCUUUCAAGCUCGGGCGGCGAGAUCCGUUCUCAAGCAGAGGCUGAACAACCACGAGGAAACUCUGGUCUCUGCCAAGGCAGUCGUAGAAGCCAAGUCUGAGAUCUUACGCGGCAUGUUGGACUCAGCCCUUCUGCAUGCUGUGGCCGAAAAAGACGCUUCGGAAAAAGUCCUGGCAGCUCUCUUCAGCGAGAUAAUGGAGAAGGUUUGGGACUACGCGAAGUCUGGCAUGCUGGAAGAGGAGGUCAUGGUGGUCCUGGAAACCGCAUUGGAGAGCAAAGAGGAGUGCGUGACGACAGAGAUGCGCCGGGAGCUGACGCUGGACUUCCUCGCCUCCGUCCUGCAGCAAGCAGAUGGACCUGGACGGCAGGGCAAACUCCUCUCCGGCCUGGCAACUGCCAUCCAGCAGCAGAUGCGAGUUCUUGUGAAAGACGGCUUGGUCGCGCGCAAGGUGCUCCUAGACAUCGCAGCUGCGAAGGAGACAGACAGUUUGCUCGACCAGCGCCUGCAGUUUCUCUUGAACCAAGAGGCAUGCUGCGCAGGAACUGGCGGUUCAGGCUGCUGGGGUGGCAUAUGUCGCUGA